AUGUACACCAAAAAGUUUCUCGAUAAAAAACAAUCUGUCGUUAUUGAUCGUUGUAAUUUCGAUCGUGAGCAGAGAAAAACUUGGGUUGACCUUGCAGUACACUACAAAAUACCUGUUGACUGUAUUGUACUAACAACAGAUCAACAAGCAUGCGGUGAUCGUAUUAAAAUACGCCAAGAUCAUCCUACUGGUGUAUCUGGAAAUAGAGGUAUCGGUAUUUUGAGAAGGUUUGUCAACACUUAUCAUCCACCCACUGCAGAAAAUCCUGAAGGCUUCUCCAGAAUACUUUAUUUAAACCCAAGUCCCAAUGAAGAAUGUACAGAGGAGCGUAUAGAUGAAAUACUUUCUCUACUGGAAGCAUCCCCAUCCCUUGUCGAAGAAUAUGUGAAUAAUCAUCCUCCUAAGCAAAAGAUUACCAUAGACGAAGAGGGCUGGUCAACAAUUCCCACUAAAGAAUAA